GGUGCUGUCUGAGACAGAGUGGUUUGUGAGAAAUGAAAGUAUUUUUGAAAUCGCGAGAACAUCUGUUUUAUAAUAAUAAUCAGCUGUCUGUAAGCGAAAACAACAUCAAAUAUUAGCAAAUUGGUUGAAAAAAUUGUAUGAUGACAAUAAUUAUAGUUAUUUGAAAUGAGAUGAAGUGUCUUGCAUAAUAAAUUUGACGUGGCUAACGCUGGAAAGUUUCAAUGAAGAGAAUCUAACUCAAAAUAUUAAUUCCAAAAUGUUGAAAGCUGUGAUACUUGUUGGUGGCCCUUCGAAAGGUACUCGUUUCAGGCCCUUGUCACUUGACAUUCCAAAACCACUGUUUCCGGUGGCCGGGCUGCCUAUCAUACAACACCACAUACGAGCUUGUGUCAGUGUCAAGGGUUUAAAAGAGAUUCUUCUUAUCGGUUACUAUCCAGCUAAAGACUUACAGGAAUUCAUCCAAAGUAUGAUUCAGGAAUACAAAAUCAAUAUAAGGUACCUCCAAGAAUUUAUGGCUCUAGGCACGGCAGGUGGAAUGUACCAUUUCAGAGAUCAAAUCAGGAGCGGAAAUCCAGAAGCAUUCUUUGUAAUGAAUGGGGAUGUGUGUGCUGAUUUCCCAUUGGUUGAGAUGCUGUCUUUUCACAAAUGUCGACCACAGAAUGCACUUAUAACUGUGAUGGCGACUGAAGCCACCAGGCAACAAGCAUGCAACUAUGGUUGCAUUGUAAUGGAUAAAGAGACACAUGAAAUAACACACUAUGUCGAGAAGCCAUCCACAUUCGUUUCGACCCUGGUUAAUUGCGGUGUCUACGUUUUCUCCCUGGAAAUUUUUCAAAUAAUGGCUGAAAUCUUCAACCGGAAAAACCAAGAAUAUUACAAUUGUGAGGAAGUGAUGAACGGGAGCGCCGAAGAGUCAGGCCGUAUACGACUAGAGCAAGAGGUUCUCGGCCCGCUGGCGGCAACGGGACGCGCCUUCGUCAUGCAUACGACAAAAUGGUGGUCGCAGCUGAAAACCGCAGGUGCUGCCAUCUAUGCCAACAGGCAUUAUCUACAGCUGUACAAGUCCCUCAACCCCGAACUCUUGAAGACUGACACUCAAGCAACCACUCUGCCGGAUGUUUAUAUACAUCCAACUGCUGACGUGCAUUCUACCGCUGUGUUGGGCCCGAAUGUUAGCAUCGCAGCAAAUGCCGUGAUUGGUCCAGGGGCCCGCAUCAAAGAGUCUAUUGUGUUGGAGGCUGCAGUCAUUGGUGACCAUAGUCUUGUGCUUCAUAGCAUCAUUGGACGCAGAUCGCAGAUUGGUGCCUGGUCCAGGGUCGAGGGCACGCCCAAUGAUCCCAAUCCCAACAAGCCUUUCGCCAAAAUGGACAACUCUCCUCUGUUCAACAAAUUGGGUAGACUCAACCCGUCAAUCACGAUCGUUGGCUGCAGUGUUACAGUGCCAGAUGAGAUUGUAUUGCUCAACUCUAUUGUUCUUCCCUACAAAGAGCUUACAAGAAGUUUCAAAAAUGAAAUAAUUCUAUGAAAAAUGUUUGAACAUAUAAAUGUUCCAAGAGCUGCUGUUCUCAUAGAACUAUUAUCGAAAAAGUAGACUUCUCUGGAGUGAAGGAAAGACUGCAUUUAUAGGAAAAUGGUUCAAGGAAAUCUCAAGUUCAAUGAAAUGGUAUGUUGUGGACAAUAAUAUGGAAUACUUGAAAUAAUUUGAUCAAGAUUGAUUAACACUUUUGUAAUAUUAUUUUGAACAAUUUUAUCAUUAUUGAGCGGAACAUUUGUGUUAAUUCUUCAAAUAAGAACAUUCUGUGAUUUGAUUAAAAAUGUUUAUUCCUCACAACUAACACGAAAAGUCCAAAAUAUGUCAAUAUAUAGGAGGAUAGUAUUUAAUGUGUACUUCAAAAUCUCCAUUCAUCAACAAUUAUUAUAUGUGGGGAUCUUUUUGCUCAGGCCUCAGUUAUUCUUACUCUACAAAAUUGAAAUAUUACAUAAAAAAAUUAUGUGGAGCAACCUUCAACUUGACUUUUUAUGUUAAUUAUGUGAUAUAUUCCAAUAAAUUUGAAAUUUUGAUCUUUGAAUUUGGUCAAUUUAUGGAGGUGAUCUUUUGUUCUUCUUUCCUACUAUAGUAAUUCGAAUUUCUACUUGAUGUGAAUUUAUAAGAAGUUGUUUUCAAAGUAUAAAUGAAUAUUUUCUGUUCAAUAAAGCGCUUCACCUCUUGAA